GGUUCCAUCAACGGUGAGAUGUUUUGCGACCCAGGGGUAAAAUGAGGGUAAAGCGGCAGCUUCCCACGUUCUGGGGGAGAAGCGCGGAAGCACAGUUUCCUGGGCCUUCGGGCGCCCCCAGGGCUAGGGGUCUUUCAGUAGACGUCGCCGCGGCAGAGUCUUGUGCGGGUCCCGCGGACCCCAUUACCCCGAUAGGGCCUCGCCGUGAGGUCUGAGGGGCCGCGUGAGGUGCAUGGCGCGCCGUUUCCUCUGCUGGCGCUCCUCUCAGGGCUACAGCCCUAGAAGAUCUGGCCUGCACCAGCCCAAAGGACAUAAGGACAGGAGUGGGUAGCCCACGGGACACUGGGACGAGCGCCAUCAUGGGCGGAGACGCGCGGAACCUGCUGGCCCGGAAGUGCAAGCUACGCCCGUCGGCGGAAGCGCCGCGCGGGAGGCGGAAGCGGCUGGUGUCCGCGUGGUUUGGCGGGUGCCGCGGGAGUCCGGCGGCCCUGCCCACGUAGACCCUCUGCUGGGGGCGCCGGCACCAGUUGAAGAAGAAAAAUGUCUCAAAAGCAGAUGAAGGAAGCUUUUGUUAGUAACCUCAAUGGAACCACCGUGCUGGAAAUCACCCAGGGAUUGUGCUUUCCUGCAUUCUGUAUCCUGUGCAGAGGGUUCCUGAUAAUUUUCUCACAGUACUUGUGCUCUUUCUCACAUACCUGGAAAACUAGAUUCUUCAUUGACUUUGUUGUCCUAAUAGUUCCCAUGGUAGCCACUUUGACCAUUUGGGCUUCAUUUAUCCUCCUUGAGCUUCUUGCUGUAAUUAUCUUUGGGGCAGGGUUGUUCUAUCAAAUAUACCGAAGGAGGACCUGCUAUGCCAGACUGCCUUUCCAAAAAAUCCUUGAAAAAUUCUUGAACAUCAGUCUAGAAUCAGAAUACAUUCCAGCCAUCUCCUGUUUCCGUGUAAUUACCAGUGCAUUCACUGCUAUUGCUAUUUUGGCUGUGGACUUCCCAUUUUUUCCCAGAAGAUUUGCCAAAACUGAGCUCUAUGGGACAGGAGCAAUGGAUUUUGGAGUAGGUGGCUUUGUUUUUGGGACUGCAAUGGUUUGUCUAGAGGUCAGGAGGAGAAAAUGUAUGGAAGGGUCCAAAUUGCAUUACUUUACAAACUCAUUGUACUCCGUUUGGCCAUUAGUCUUCCUAGGAAUUGGACGAUUAGCCAUUAUAAAAUCAAUAGGUUAUCAGGAACAUUUAACUGAGUAUGGAGUUCACUGGAACUUUUUCUUUACCAUAAUAGUUGUGAAAUUGAUAACACCACUGCUUUUCAUUAUUUUUCCCCUAAAUAAGUCCUGGAUUAUUGCCCUCAGUGUUACUGUAUUAUACCAGCUAGCCCUUGACUUUACCUCACUGAAGAGGUUAAUAUUGUAUGGCACUGAUGGUAGUGGCACACGGAUUGGUCUAUUAAAUGCCAACCGCGAAGGAAUAAUCUCUACCCUGGGGUAUGUGGCAAUACACAUGGCUGGUGUGCAAACAGGGUUAUAUGUGCAUAAGAACCGAUCACAUAUCAAAGACUUGAUAAAAGUAGCCUGUUUUCUUUUACUGGCAGCUAUUAGCCUCUUCAUAUCUCUUUAUGUAGUUCAAGUAAAUGUAGAAGCAGUAUCUCGAAGAAUGGCAAAUUUAGCCUUUUGUAUUUGGAUAGUUGCUUCUAGCCUGAUCCUUCUUAGUAGUUUAUUACUGGGUGAUAUAAUUUUGAGUUUUGCCAAAUUUCUAAUUAAAGGAGCUCUGGUAUCAUGUUCUUGGAAACUUAUCCAGUCACCUGUUACAAGUAAAAAGCAUUCAGAAUAUCUAAUCCCUGAAGCUGAAAGAAUGGAACCCAGGCUUUGUUUAAUCACAGCUCUCAACAGAAAACAGUUAAUAUUUUUCUUGCUGUCAAAUAUAACAACUGGCCUGAUCAACCUAAUGGUAGAUACAUUACACAGCAGUACCUUGUGGGCCUUAUUUGUGGUCAAUCUCUAUAUGUUUUCCAACUGUUUAAUUGUAUAUGUACUACAUUUGCAAGAUAAGACUAUAUAA